AUGGCAUCAGGGUCCGCUCUUACACUGGCGAAGAGGAACCUGAGGACCGCCGUGAAGAAGACCUUGUCUACUAUUUCUGCUGAGAGCCUCGCGGUUCAAUCUCAAAUAUGUACCGAGACGCUUUUGUCGCUCCCCGAGUUCCAAUCCUCACGUCGGGUGAGCGUCUUUCUCUCUAUGCCAGCCAAGGAGAUAGAUACUUCUCGGAUUGUGGAAGAUGGUCUCGAAUGCGGUAAACAGCUAUAUGUACCUUAUAUACAUCGUCAGCCCCCGAGCCAGCCGACUUCACCUGACCCCGUUUCAACUUCCCCUCCAAGUUUGAUGGAUAUGUUGUCACUUCACUCGCUCGCUGACUAUCAAUCCUUCAAACCGGACAGCUGGGGGAUACCUACAAUUCCGAAUGAUUCGAUAACUGCGAGGCACAAUUGCUUGGAGCACGAGGAAUUAGGGCUGGAUCUAAUAGUUAUGCCUGGUGUUGCAUUCGAUGAGGGCUUCAGAAGGUUGGGGCACGGGAAGGGCUACUACGACUACUUUCUAGCUAGGUACAAACGGGUAUUCAAUGGAGAUGGAGUCAAAAGAAAAGGAAAGAUGCCAAUACUAGUUGCCCUUGCGUUGAAAGAGCAAUUAUUUGAAGACGGGACUGUGCCGGUGGAUGUCAGUGAUUGGCCUAUGGAUUUAAUCAUUUCUGGAGACGGGAGAGUUCUGCGAAGAUGA